UGCUAGUCGUGGCUCUGGGUUUCAACACACCGUCUUAUUUUGCGGUAUAAAGUUCUCAGAGAUGCGCGCACGUGUCAUUACGGCGCUUAGAAGGAGGUUCUCCGUGAAUAAGGCGUUCUAAGGAGAAACCGAAACGUCACAUUCUCUAUUUUUUGUAGAAGUUUUAUUCUGAUUUUCUAAGCCUUUUUUUUUUUUUUAAUAAAAUCUGCAUGAGACCCAAUGUAUACCUUGGGCACAGCCGGAUUCGCACAGAUUCAAUUCAGUUCAGCUGAGUCAUGUCCGACUCUUUGCGACCCCAUGACUCACAGCACGCCAGGCCUCCCUGUCCAUCACCAACUCCCGGAGUUCACCCAAACUCACGUCCAUCGAGUCAGUGAUGCCAUCCAGCCAUCUCAUUCUCUGUCGUCCCCUUCUCCUUCUGCCCCCAAUCCCUGCCAGCAUCAGAGUCUUUUCCAAUGAGUCAACUCUUCGCAUGAGGUGGCCAAAGUAUUGGAGUUUCAGCUUCAGCAUCAGUCCUUCCAAUGAACACCCAGGACUGAUCUCCUUUAGGAUGAACUGAUUGGAUCUCCUUGCAGUCCAAGGGACUCUCAAGAGUCUUCUCCAACACCACAGUUCAAAAGCAUCAAUUAUUUGGCACUCAGUUUUCUUCACAGUCCAACUCUCACAUCCAUCCAUGACCACUGGAAAAACCAUAGCCUUGUCUAGACAGACAUUAGCCACAGGAUUUUCUAAAAGACUUUGGGUCUGAUAUCUUGAGCACAAAGCGUUUACAAUGCUGGAUUCAUCCAUCCGAUUAUAAAUGUAACAGGAGAGAAAAAUCAGAAGAAGCUUGUUAUGAUACGGGCACACUUGCUACAAGAGCCUGGAAACCUGGCCGGUGUCCGGCACAUCAUCCUUAUCCUCUCAGGAAAGGGGGGCGUCGGGAAGAGCACCAUCUCCACGGAGCUGGCACUGGCCCUGCGCCACGCGGGCAAGAAGGUGGGGAUCCUGGACGUGGACCUGUGUGGCCCCAGCAUCCCCCGCAUGCUCCGGGUACAGGGCAGGGCGGUGCACCAGGGCGACAGUGGCUGGGUGCCCGUCUUUGUGGACCGGGAGCAGAGCAUCUCCCUCAUGUCUGUGGGCUUCCUGCUGGAGCAGCCGGACGAGGCUGUGGUGUGGAGAGGCCCCAAGAAGAAUGCACUGAUAAAGCAGUUUGUGUCUGAUGUGGCCUGGGGGCAGCUGGACUACCUGGUUGUGGACACGCCCCCGGGGACCUCUGAUGAGCACAUGGCCGUGGUGGACGCCCUGCGCCCCUACAGCCCCCUGGGGGCCCUCGUGGUCACCACGCCCCAGGCAGUGUCCGUGGGGGACGUGAGGCGGGAGCUGACCUUCUGCAGGAAGGUGGGGCUGCGGGUGAUCGGGCUCGUGGAGAACAUGAGCGGCUUUGUCUGCCCCCACUGCUCGGAGUGCACCAACAUCUUCUCCAGGGGAGGCGGCGAGGAGCUGGCGAGAUAUGCCGGCGUCCCCUUCCUGGGCUCGGUGCCCCUGGACCCCGAGCUCACGCGAAGCCUGGAGGACGGCCGGGACUUCAUCCAGGACUUUCCCGACAGCCCCGCCUUCCCCGCGCUCUCUUCCAUCGCCCAGAAGAUUCUCAGCCAGACGCCCGCGGGGCUCUCCUGACCGAGAUGGGCUGAGCACUCCUGUGCGCUGUGGGGCUGGAGGUCUGGAGCAGGGGCCCGGCCAGGCCCUGUGUACCGCUCUCCCCACGGGGCCCGCCCUGGAUGUUUGCGGAGCUUCGGCAGCCUCUCAGCUGAGCCGCCAACAGUGAGUGGCUCCACCCGGUCACCCAGGGAUGGCGUGGGCUCCCCGCGCCAUGGCCUGCCCUGCCUGCUGGUGCAGGUCUGUACCCCUGUGGCCCAGAGAGACAGCUGCUCCCGACAGCCAAGUCUCCACGUUGUUCACGCACCCCCACAGAGCUGGUGCGUCUGGAAGCUUGCCUGGCCUGCUGGCCCAGAAUCCCAGUGAAGGAGGUGACACCCAGUAAGGGGUCAAACUUAUAACUCAGAGGAGCUGAAAUAAACGCGUUGCACA